AUGAAUUGCUUAACACCGAAAAGCAGAAGACGUAAAGAAGAGAGAGAUAUACCGCCGUACUACACAGUACAACCUCCGUAUAACCCCGAAUAUAUGUAUGAAAACUUUGAAAGUAAAACGAGUUUCUAUUUUCCUGGAGGAAUCCGCUACACGGUGCACCACACCUUAGAUCGUGAGGAGGAUGUCGACGGCCGAGGCGUUCGGCGUUCUCUAUACGAAGGCGUUAACCAACCGGUGAGUGCGCGAGUGUUACUUGUGUGCAUCGCGCGGCGCGCUACUCACAUGCGCUUACGCAUUGUCGUGUGUUUUCUUUUGUCUAUUGUUUGUAAAUUGUAA